CAGAAACGUCUGCUAACAGAGACUCAUCUGUCCACCUCCUGCUCGGCUCAAUUAUUGCUCCGCUCAGCGUCAACGUCGUGGGCGGAUCUCCAAGCGGGAUUCGGGGUUCCCUCAACUACGCUCCUACGUUAGUGGUAAUAUAUCACCAGCAAAUCGACUUCAUUCUGGCCUGUCUUGUAGAAGAAUUACCAUUCUCUAUUCACUUGUGGUCAAAAAUGACCUCCUCAAUGCUAGCUGUCACGGCGCCAAGCUAUUGCGAACCGUCCGCAUAUGAGCUCUCCACAAUCCCUCAGCCAGUUGUGACGGAGCCUACUGAUGUAGUAUUCCGUGUCCACGCAGCGAGUAUCAAUCCCGUUGAUGUCAAGAAGGCAGCAGGAGUAUUCAAGCUUGCGUUAAAAGAGACAUUUCCGUACCAAAUCGGCUAUGAUUGCUCAGGGACCGUAACGGAAGUGGGCUUGGAUAUCAAAGGCAUCAAGGUUGGCGAUGAAGUUUACUCGCGGUUACCAGAAGCGAGCCGAGGAGCAUGGAGUGAAUACGCCAAAUGUUCCCAGAACUACGUCACUCUCAAACCCAAGAAUAUCUCUUUUGAUGAUGCCGCUUCACUGCCAUUGGCAGGCAUGACAGCCCUGCAAACUUUGAGACGGUACGAGGGAUCGUUAUCAGGCAAGACAGUCUUCAUACCAGCUGGCUUGAGUGGCACUGGCGCGUAUGCGUGUCAGAUCGCUAAGAACGUCUUUCAUGCCGGCAAAGUGAUCACCACUGUCUCAACAUCAAAGGUAGACAAAGUGCCAGAACUGCUUGGCAAAGACACUGUUGACCAAGUCAUCGACUACACCAAGGAAGACGUCACCAAGGUCAUUCCUCGAGGAUCCAUCGACUUCAUCCUAGACACAACUGGGGAUUCGAUGUCUUUCCUGCACCUCAUGACACCAUCCACGGGCCUGAUUGUCUCUAUCGCUACACAGCCCUCCGGCACUCAACUUCAACAAUCCAGUGUGAUGAAGAGACCAGAUAACCCACGUCUCCCAUGGUAUGGGCUCAUGGUCUUGAACCUGGCUGAUUCGUAUCGUAGGGCACGCGCAAGACGCUGGGGUGUCAAGUAUGAGUACCUGUUCCUUAACCCCAAUGCUAAGGACUUGGAAACCUUGACUCUUCACGCAGAACAGGGAGACAUCCUUCCCGUUGUUGGAUGUAAAGUCGACUUCAAAGAUAUCGACCGCGUGAGAGCAGCGUGUGCAACGGUGUAUAACGGGAAAGGAGGAAUUGGAAAGAUAGUGUUCAACAUGAUUGCGAAUUAGAUACUUUCAGCACAUGCUGUCAUUUGCAGCUUCUCGCACGAUAUGUAUUCGAGAUACCUCACAGCGGAUAGCAGGCAUUCUUAGUCAUGGUUCUUGAUAACCAGCCGAUAUCAAAGUGCUGUGAGAUGAAAUGUUAAAGCUCGACAGUUAGAGAACAAGAUGAAGCCGGCGACGUAAGCCUACAGCAUCAGGAGAAUGGUCUGGUCAACGAAUGAUGGCCAGGGACGGAAAUGGAUGAGCGAGUGGUCACACUUCAAAGUUGCGCUGUAUGGUUUGAGUCAGAGGUUGGCGGUAAUACCACUGAUGGGAUCAUAUAUUUCUUUAAACCUACCU